ACACAAAAAGACGAUUCUUGAAGAGAAUGACACAUAAAUAAUAUUUCUACAUGAUUUUGUCCAUAUGACUAAUCCUGCACACAGCAAUUACUAGUCACUUAAAGGAGCAAUGCGGUGAGGAUAUAUGCAGAGAGACAGUGUUCCCAGUUGAGGUAGGUUGUGCGUUCAUAGUUGCAUAGGCAUGUCAGUGGUUACGUACUUGUGUAAUCGCACGCGGCGUGCUCUUUGUGUAUUCUGCAAUUACAGCAGUUUAUUCAAACGUACUGAAAUACUUUUGUGGUCUGUUUUAUAUUACGUGAGAAGUAUUCUGUCGCGUGAAGACGUUAUUUAAAAAUCAUACAAUUUUGUUCUCCAGACCGAUAGAUGGCGUACUUACAUCGACAGCAAUAGCGCAAACGGAAGUAAAAGGACCACUUAUGUCAACGGGGGAAAGAUGGCAUUCACUUGCAGGGGACGUGAGGGGAAAACAAAAAAUACAGAUGAUGGCGUCUCUAAAACAGAUCUCUUACUUCACCCUGAGUUACUGUCUCGGGAUUUUAUUCAGCUUGUACUACACGAGAGAAAGAUAACCUCGGACGACAGUGAAGACCGCGAUCGACUCACAGAGCUGUAUUUGGAUCACGUUAUGCCACUUCCACAGCGGGAAUUACCAAACAGCCGUUGGGGAAGGAGGAUGGAGAAGACGAAAGCACGCCAGAGUCCGUCACAUUCGCAGGGUAGCCACAGCACUGGUGGGGACAGUAGCCGAAAGAGGCCGUUGAUUGUGUUUGAUGGUAGCUCGACUAAAACAGGCGGAAUUAAGCUGAAGAAGUCCGAUACCUCAACGCCGCCCGCGGUUACGGAUCGCUUAAAACCACCACCUACCCUAAACCUCUUGAACCCCAUACGUAAGCUUUCAGGCUCCUCCACGAACUGCUCCUCCUCUAGCACCCCUGUAAAAGCUCAGGAGGGUGACCUCAGGACCUCCGCUGGAAAUGGGAGACUGAACGCCCCAACCUCGCCCUCCUCAGGAUCCUCAAACGCCAACACACUAAAGCGCUUAGCACCCAGUGAACGGGAGACUGACUGCACUAAGGAGCUGAAGUCACCGGACGUUAAAAAAAAGAUCAACCACGUUACGUGGCCCUGAGCCCAGAGGUGUUGUUCCACAUUUGGAAGAGGGGAGGACGCCUGUUGUCCUAACGGGUAUAUCUUGCUCCAGUGUGGUUGUGCUGGAAAUCAUAGACUUUGGGACACUAUACCUCCCUCUUCCCUUUAAUCCAAUAUAUAUAUACUCUCAGACCCUCAAGUAUUCACACAGUCCAGAGGAGCUGCAUUCUGAAAUGUGAUUGGUUAGUUCACUUUAGACAGCUGUUGGGUCUGAGAGACGUGGAAGAUUCUUAUUGGUUGUAUGGUGUGAGCUUGUACUUCCAAAAGUUCCUGAGUAGUAAGUUCCUGCAUAGGAACGGAAAUGUUUACUGUGUUGAUUGCAACAUAAGAGGUGAGUGAGUUAUUUAUAAAUGAGAUAAAUGCAGCUGAC